GCCCAGCCCACAAUCACGGUAUAUAACGACUCCUGGGAAGCUCAUCCCACACCUGCUCCUCUCAGCUCUCCCCUCCAGCCUUCAGCUCCUUCUCCCUGCCCAUCUUCAGGAACCAGGACAACCAGGUCCACCAUGAGUAGCCAAAGCAGAAGCCAAUGCGGCUUCAGUGCCAGCUCAGCCAGAGUCCCCGGGGUCUGCCGCUCCGGCUUCAGUAGCAUGUCCGUAUCCCGAUCCAGGGGCAGCGGUGGCCUCGGUGGAGCGUGCGGGGGAGCUGGCUUUGGGAGCCGCAGCCUCUACAGCCUGGGGGGCUCCAGGAGGAUCUCCACUGGCGUGGGCAGCUGUGCCAUCAGUGGCGGAUAUGGUGGCAGAGCUGUGGGCGGCUAUGGCUUUGCAGGUGGAGUCGGGAGCGGAUACGGUUUCGGCGGUGGAGCAGGUGGUGGCUUUGGGCUUGGGGGUGGCGCUGGAUUUGCUGGAGGCUAUGGGGGCCGUGGCUUCCCUGUGUGUCCCCCUGGAGGCAUCCAAGAGGUCACCAUCAACCAGAAUCUCCUCACUCCUCUGAACCUGCAAAUCGACCCCACCAUCCAGCGGGUGAGGACUGAGGAGCGGGAGCAGAUCAAGACCCUCAACAACAAGUUUGCCUCCUUCAUCGACAAGGUGCGGUUCCUGGAGCAGCAGAACAAGGUCCUGGACACCAAGUGGACCCUGCUGCAGGAGCAGGGCACCAAGACUGUGAGGCAGAACCUGGAGCCUCUGUUCGAACAGUACAUCAGCAACCUCAGGAGACAGCUGGACAGCAUCCUGGGGGAGCGAGGCCGCCUGGACUCGGAGCUGAGGAGCAUGCAGGACGUGGUGGAGGACUACAAGAACAAAUAUGAAGAUGAAAUCAACAAGCGCACAGCAGCAGAGAAUGAAUUUGUGACUCUGAAGAAGGAUGUGGAUGCUGCCUACAUGAAUAAGGUUGAACUGCAAGCCAAGGUAGACUCUCUGACAGAUGAGAUCAACUUCUUGAGAGCCUUCUAUGAAGCAGAACUGGCUCAGAUGCAAACCCACAUCUCAGACACGUCCGUGGUCCUGUCCAUGGACAACAACCGCAACCUGGACCUGGACAGCAUCAUCGCCGAGGUCAAGGCCCAGUAUGAGGAGAUCGCCCAGAGGAGCCGGGCUGAGGCUGAGUCCUGGUACCAGACCAAGUAUGAGGAGCUGCAGGUCACAGCUGGCAGACACGGGGAUGACCUGCGCAACACCAAGCAGGAGAUUUCCGAGCUCAACCGCAUGAUCCAGAGGCUGAGAUCCGAGAUCGACCACGUCAAGAAACAGUGCGCCAACCUGCAGGCCGCCAUUGCUGAUGCUGAGCAGCGUGGAGAGAUGGCCCUCAAGGAUGCCAAGAAUAAGCUGGCUGACCUGGAGGACGCCCUGCAGAAGGCCAAACAGGACAUGGCGCGGCUGCUGAAGGACUACCAGGAGCUGAUGAACGUCAAGCUGGCCCUGGACGUGGAGAUCGCCACCUACAGGAAGUUGCUGGAGGGCGAGGAGUGCAGGCUGAACGGGGAAGGCGUCGGACAAGUCAACAUCUCCGUGGUGCAGUCCACCGUCUCCAGUGGCUACGGCAGUGCCAGUGGCGCCGGCAGCGGCCUGGGUGUGGGUGGAAGCAUGGGCUACUCCUAUGGCAACGGUCCCAGCCUCGGAGGUGGCUUCAGUACUGGCAGUGGCAGAGGCCUCGGGGGUGGCCUGAGCUCCACUGGAGGCAGCAGCUCCACCAUCAAAUACACCACCUCAUCCUCCAGCAGGAAGAGCUACCAGCACUGAAUUCCUGCCAUUGGCUCUCAGUCUCUUAAUCCCACAUUGUGUCAGGCCGUCUGUUUGGUUGCAGUGUACUCCCCUUGGAUUGAUUCUUCUCUCGUGCCUCUAACUUACCCUACUCUCUAAGUUAGAAGUGAAGUUGCUGAGUAUCUCAUUUCUCUCUGUAUACCUGCUACAUGUGAGCAUCCAUUGCUCACCAUCAGGUCCAUGGUCAACAUCAUGCAGACACUUAGACAUCCUUUUGAUGUGCCCUUCUUACCAUCAGUGAUAUCAUUCUGCCACGAUUCUGGGAUGAAGAUGACCUUUGCUCCUCUUGAAAACUGAAACUUGUUAUGUAUCAUGCUACAGGAUGCAGGCUCUUUCCUUGAUUUCUCACUGUCCUGUCUGUCAUCGCUGCACUCAGAAGCUCUCCUACAGAACAAAUAAGUUGUUGUCUUCCUGUCAUUGUCCCAAAAUGGUAUUGACACAACUCUGUCAUGUACAGAAUUAUAUCACUGCAAUAUUUCCUCUGCUGUCUCUGCUUUCUGGUGUUUUGUUGAAUAAAGCAGAUUUUCAACAUAAA